AAAGAGGCUGUCAAGACGAUAGUGCACUGUACCGUACGGAGAAAGCCUUCAGGGAAUGGAUAAAGAUAUAGCUGACGUGUCGUGAAUUUGACGGUGGUUCGAGCCCCCCUCGACGAGAAUUCGACGGCUAGGAAGGAAAAUGGUCGAGGGACUCUAAUUUUGACGAACAUCGACAUUUCCUUCGAAUCAAACUUCUCUAGCGGUGGCUGCGUUCGUUGCAACAUCGUAGCGGCCAUCAAUGGCGACAAUCAGCGCUGCGACUGCCGCGCCUGCUGCUGCUGACUUCUCACUCAGGGAUAGAAGGCAUUUUCAACGGACUGCGGCUUCUGUGUCUGUCACUUCCAGAAGUUUUCUGCAAGGAUGCAAGCUGCAAGUUCGGCCCGCCAUGGCUGCACAAAAACCGGUGCUAAAAUGGCGUUCUUUGGCUGUCAGGAACUUGGCUCUAACGGAGCCGCCCUCUCAGGAUCAAGAUUUGAAUAUUGAAGAUUUGGACGAAGCCGAGCUAGAUGAACUAUUUGAAGAAUAUGGCGAGGUGGUAAGAGGGGAUGAACCUAGAGCAAGUUCUUCAGAAGUUGACGACGAUGCAGACAGUCUUGCUUUUGCUGUGGCCAUGGCCGAGGCUGCGAAUGAGGUCAAGGGUGGGGACAUUCGCGUUCUUUGUGUGAAGCCUCUUGUAUACUGGACACGAUUUUUCGUCAUUGCUACUGGUUUCUCGCGGCCACAAGUAGAUGCUAUCGGGAGCAGAAUUCGUGAUUUGGCAGAGCAGCGGUUUAAGAGAACAGCCCGUGGCGAUUUGAAACCCAAUGCCUGGACAUUAUUGGACUUCGGUGAUGUGGUGGUGCACAUUUUCUUUCCGAAGGAGCGCUCCUUCUAUAAUUUGGAGGAGUUUUAUGGGAAUGCUACUCUAGUAGAGCUGCCAUUUGAAUCGGAGACAAGGGAAUCCUAGAGGUGAUUGAGCUUGACAGGAAUGUCAAUCUACCGAGGGAUAAUGUCUUUCGCAUAUUCAGUCGUGUACAGUUACUUAAUUAAAUGAAAUGAUGCAAAUGUUAUCGAUUGGCGCCAGAGGAUGUCGGAGUGUACACGUUAUAUGAGGAUGGGACUGACCUAGCUUCUUGGCGAUGUGCACAAAAGGGUCCGACGUUCGUUAGACUGAUAGUUAGCUUCUAGACAAAAAUUGCAACUAGCUCCAUUUGUUUGAUCACUAUCUACAUUCAUUUUUGACAAAGGAAUAAAAAUAGAAAGUAGGACAAAUAUAUCUUUCAAUUACAUGCGCACAUUUACUUCAUUUGUGGCCCAAGAACGUGAAAAAGUUCACAUCGUUUGAAGAACUGCUGGUGUUCUAACGUGUUAUUUACGAUGAGCAAGUCGAGAGGUAUGCUUCAGCUCGGCUGGGACUAUCGAAGG